AUGCUCAAAACACUAGAGAGGUACCAGAAAUGCAACUAUGGUGCGCCUGAAGCUAAUGUAUCUGCACGGGAAGCAUUGGAGUUAAGCAGCCAACAGGAAUAUUUGAAGCUGAAGGCACGUUAUGAAGCAUUACAACGGUCUCAGAGGAACCUUAUGGGAGAAGACCUUGGCCUCUAA